AUGGCUGAGUCAACAAGAAAGAAGCAGGAUAUUUAUCUUCUAGGCCAGCCUCUAAAAACUGCCAUUCUGGGUAACAAGUUACCAGCGAAAGGUGAAGUGAUGCGUCGCUUUCUGUACAUUCAUUUGUCAGAGAAAAUGACAGUUCGCGAUAGUGAGACUGCUGUUAUAAGAGAGGUACUUCCAAUAUGGCAACGGUCCAUAAUUCCUACAACUCAAGAAUACAACGCCAUUAAGAAGCUGGAUGAUAUGUUUAAACUGUGGCAAGGAUUAAAGAAACAUUCUAAGAGAAACUCAGAUGCUCAAAAACGUCAAGAACAAGCAUUCGUUCAUUCACGAAAAGAUCUGUUUGAUAUAGCACAUGCUAAUGCUAUUGAACUGAUUCAGAUACAAGAAGACAGAGAAUUUUUGCUGGCACAAAGGGAACCGGGACGGCGUGGUUAUAUGAGUGGUGUAGAUCACGAGGUAUUGUCGAACGAAGCAAUGAAGCCAUCAAAACUAAAAAGAGAGUUAAAUCCCAAACACAAAGACAUUUGCACAAAACCAAAAGAAUAUUUUGAGAGAAAACGCAUUGAUCUGAAGAGUCGCCAAAAACAAAUAAGCACUGAAAUAGAGCACAGUUCCAGUGUAUCAUCGUCAGAAUGUGAAUCAGAAGAAGACAACAUUGCCAAACGUGUGCAGGUAAAACGAAGUAGGCAAAGCUUCUCGAUGUCCCGUCCACAUUGUGCAGUUAGCAGGGAAACUGCUGCAGCACUUGAUCGAACGAAGACUUCUGAUAGAAAGGCGACGUACAUCAUCAGUGGAGUUGCCAAACACCUUGGCUUAAAUGCUGGAAACCUUGCCAUCAAUAGAUCCUCAAUUCGACGAGCAAGGCAUAAGGCACCAGUUUGUCACUUUAAUGGAAACUUUAAAUGUCAACAGCAAAUCUAUUUUGGAUGGUGUACACUCCAUUGUUUCAAACAGUGCAAUGUUCAACAUUUCCCAUAA